AUGCAGUCCUUCCUUACGCGCAAGAAACGCAAGUCGAGUGCUGAAGACGAAGUUGCCAAAAUCGAGGAAGAGGUGGUAGUGAUAAAUGGCAAUGAAGAUGAAUCCACCGAGGUUAAGCUAGCGAUCCUGUCGUCCCUUCAUCCACACGUUGAUGAUGAAGCGCUCAUGGACGUUCUUCUUGCCCACGACGGCGUAGUAUCGCGUGCGUCAACGUCCCUGACGGGACGCCCCACCAAGGAAGUGGCAAGUCAAGCAGUCGGCUAUCAAAGCUCGUUGAAACAAUUUAUCACGAUCUCCACAGAUGUUCCUUCCAGGAAGAAGCUCAGAUCCAUGACGAAACGGGGUGAGACGCUGCAUCUCUUUGACCCUGCCGACGUGUCAGAACACACGCCGUGCACCAUUAUCCACAACUUUCUGCCGGCUGACGUGGCGGACGCGUUGCUGCGGGAACUACUAGAUGAGUCCAAGACUUUUGAGCAGGAUACCUUCAAGCUAUUCGACAAUGUCGUCUCAAGCCCUCAUACCUCGAGCUUCUAUGUCGAAAGCUAUGACGAGAUACAGAGGCAAAAGACGGAGUACCACUACAAUGGGACGCGAGUGACGGACGUUCGGAGGAUCACACCCCAGCUCGUCAAGGCCAAGCCUUUGGUCCAGGAAGCCGUAAACAGGGAGAUACAGAAACGCAUUGCGGCCCGCUACCCUGACGGCCGCAAGCUGAGGUACCAGUCUCCCGACACCUGGUGCCCCAACAUGGCCUUUGUCAACUGCUAUGCCGGGCCGACCGAGAGCGUCGGUUGGCACAGUGACCAGAUCACAUACCUGGGUCCCCGGGCCGUCAUAGGCUCGGUGUCUCUCGGCGUGGCCCGCGAGUUCCGUGUCCGCCGUGUCCUACCCAAGGACGAGGUGAGGGACGGUGCUGACGCCGACGCCGAGGGCCAGAUAUCGAUCCACCUUCCACAUAAUUCGCUCCUCGUCAUGCACGCCGAGAUGCAGGAGGAGUGGAAGCACACGCUGUCGCGCGCUCCGUCCAUCGACCCGCACCCCAUCUCAGGCAACAGGCGCAUCAACGUCACAUACCGCCACUAUCGCCCCAGCAUGCAUCCGCGCCUCACGCCCCGGUGUACUUGCGGGGUACCCUGCGUCCUGCGCGUGGUCCAGCGCAAAAGAGAGAAUUUCGGAAGAUAUUUCUGGAUGUGCUAUGCUGGCAAUGUGCCUGGGAGAGACGGUUGUACAUUCUUUAGGUGGGCUGAGUUUGACGAUGAUGGAAACCCCAAGGGUUUGUUAGCCUUGCAGUGGCCCACAAUGUCGGAUAGAUUGACGUUUGCGGCAACGUCAGCCGCCCAGCUGGAGGCCUACAUGCCCGCAGCACCAGCAGCGCCAGCAACAGCAGAGCGUCAGCCGAAGCGGCCAUUCGUCACCCUGACAUUCGCCACAUCGUUGGACUCGUCGCUCUCCCUGGCACCCGGCGUGCGCACGCGUCUCUCGGGACCCGACUCCAAGGCCAUGACGCACUACCUCCGGUCGCGCCACUCGGCCAUCCUGGUGGGGGUGUCCACCAUGCUGGCCGACGACCCGGGGCUGAACUGCCGCAUCGAGGGGGCGACGUCGCAGCCGCGUCCCGUAAUCAUCGACCCGCGGCUCCGGUGGACGCCCCGCCCCGAAGACAAGGUGCUCCAGCUCUGCCGGGCGGGCCAAGGCAAGGCGCCCCUCGUCAUCACGGCGGCGGCGCACCCGGCGCCGCAGGAAAAGGCCGACGUCCUCGGGGAGCACGGCGGCAAGUACGUCCACGUAGCCGCUGGGAGGGACGACGGCCUCUUCGACUGGAGGGAUGUGCUCGCCACCCUAGCGGCCGAGGGCCUGGACAGCGUCAUGGUCGAAGGCGGGGCCACGGUCAUCAACACGCUUCUGGCGCCCAGAUACCACGACCUCGUUGACUCCGUCAUCGUCACCGUCGCGCCGACCUGGCUCGGGAAGGGGGGCGUCAUCGUCUCCCCAGAUAGGGUACAUGAUGGUCGCGGCGUGCCUGUGCCUGCUGUGAGGCUGUGUGACGUGCGAUGGCAUCCCUUUGGGGAGGACGUGGUCAUGUGUGGGAGGCUCAGGUCGGGAUGA